UCUGCCGACUUUCUGGUCCGACGGUGAAAACUCACCUCCUGGCAACCCCGGCAAUAUCUCCGAUCAGAUACCCCAGCAGUGAGACCUCCACCACUACUUCAAAAAGAUGGAUGAAGUUUCACUCAAUGGUGAACCUAUAUAUGAUGAAGAGGCCGAUGAAUUUGAGAUUGAAGGAGAUUGUGCAAUGACAGCAUAUGUUGGCCAAACUGGUGUUAUACAAGGAGAAAACCCCUUGCCUCCAGCUGUUGGAAUGGAGUUUGAAUCUUACGAGGAUGUUUAUUACUUCUACAGUUGUUAUGCUAAAGAACAAGGAUUUGGGGUCAGAGUAAGCAAUACAUGGUAUAGAAAGAGUAAAGAAAGGUAUAGAGGAAAACUUAGUUGCAGCAGUGCAGGUUUCAAGAAGAAAAGUGAAGCGAACCGGCCAAGACCAGAAACCAGAACUGGCUGUCCAGCAAUGAUUAAGUUCAGGCUGGUAGAGAACAAAAGGUGGAGAAUAAUUGAAGUUGAGCUUGAACACAACCAUUUGAUUAGUCCAGCAGGUGGAAAAUUUUAUAAAUCCCACAAGAACUUGGGUGUUGGAACCAAGAGACCACUGCAAUUAGAUAGUGCUGAAGAAAUUCAAAAAAUUAGGUUGUUUCGAACUGUCGUUAUUGAUUCAGAAGAUGAUGGAAACUCAUAUGUUGAUGAAGGAGAAUUCAGGAAUAAUGUUGAUCAGUCCAACCAAUUGAAGCUUAAAAAAGGGGAUGCACAGGCGAUUUAUAAUUUUUUCGGUCAUUUGCAGUUGAUGAAUCCAAACUUCUUUUAUGUGAUGGAUCUUAAUGAGAAAGGAUAUUUGCGGAAUUUGUUUUGGGCUGAGGCAAGAUCUAGGGUUGCAUAUGGUUACUUUGGCGAUGUCGUGGCAAUUGACACCACAUGCUUGACAGACAAAUAUGAAGUGCCGCUGGUAGUAUUUUCUGGAGUGAAUCACCAUGGACAAUCUAUUCCCAUGGGCUGUGGUUUGCUUGCAGGUGAGGCAGUGGAGUCAUAUACAUGGCUGUUUAGGGCAUGGCUUACAUAUAUGCUAGGACGCCCUCCACAAGUUGUCAUUACUGACCAAUGUAAAUCAUUGCAAAUUGCUCUUGCAGAUGUUUUCCCUAGAGCCGUUCAUUGUCUAUCUUUGUCACAAAUCAUGAAGAAAGUUCCAGAGAAACUGGGAGGGUUGCGUGAAUGUGAAGCGAUCAUGGUGGCACUGAGUAGAGCAGUUUACCACUCACUGAGGACAGAUGAGUUUGAGUUAGCCUGGGAGGAUAUGAUGCAGCGUUAUGGAAUUAGGGAUCAUAUAUGGCUUCAGACAUCGUAUGAAGAUCGUAAACGGUGGGUUCCUGCUUAUUUGAAGGAUACAUUUUUGGCAGGAAUGUUUCCCUUCAAACAAAGUGAGGCUGUGACUCCACUUUUGGGGGGAUGUUUGCAUAAACAGACUCCUUUGAAAGAGUUCCUCAAUAAUUAUGAUCCAGCUCUACAAAAAAUUUUACAGUUACAAGCAUUGGCUGAUUUGGAGUCCAGGAAUUCUAGUCCUAUGUUAAAAUCGAGAUUUUAUUUUGAGUUGCAGCUGGGGAAAUUGUAUACAACCAAUAUAUUUAAGAAGUUCCAGGAUGAAGUGGAGGGAAUGUACUCUUGUUUUAGCACACGACAAGAAAGUAUUGAUGGGUCAGUCAUAACAUACCUGGUUAAAGAACAUGCUGAAGUUGAGGAAAACAGGAUGGAAACUAGAGAUUACGAGGUUAUGUUCAAUACAUCUGAAGCAGAAGUAGUUUGUGUAUGUGGUCUAUUCAACUUCAAGGGUUAUUUAUGCAGGCAUGCACUGAACAUUUUAAACCAGAAUGGUGUGGAGGAGAUUCCAUCUCAAUACAUUCUUUCACGAUGGAGAAAGGACAUUCAUCGCAAUUAUGUACAUCAUAAAGGCUGCAAUGGUAUUGAUAUCGAUAACCCCAUUCACAGAUAUGACCAUUUGUAUAAACGCGUCGUGCAGGUUGUGGAAGAAGGGAGGAAAUCACAUGAUCGUUACAAGUUUGCAUUGCAAGCAUUGGACGAGAUAUUGAACAAGGUUCGUCUUGUAGAGGAGUAUCCAGUGUAAUUUAUUGUACGAUUUCUGGCCACUUUGGCCAGCACUUGUGUAAUCUAUACUGCUUCCAUGCAGGUGCAUAGCGGCAUCAUGGUUGUGCUCAUGUAAAGAAAGUCAUUUGGAUAGGAUACUGUCAUAGACUUCCCCUUGCAUUUCAACACAUUAUUGCUUACAUGUUUGCUUGUGCAUUUUAGGUUUUGUUCGAUUCCAAAUGGAUUUGUUGAU